AUGAAUUCGACCGGCGUUUCCAAAAAGACUCUGUGUUCGCUCAAGAAAUUGGCAUUUUUGUGGCGAUCUGACUUCUAUGCGACCACUACCUUUGAAACAGUGGUCACUACUGCUGCCACAUGGCAACCCAUGUUGCCGAUCCAAGAUGUGAAAUGUGGGUUUUGGUGGUCACACUUGCUGAAAGAAGACAAACUCUACAUUCAGGGUUGUGGCACGAAUCCUACGCUCUCCCGGACAUGGUCUAUCGGUUAUGUCGAGGGCUUUUUUACUACAUUCGACCUUCUGCAGGAUCUUAUGGUUGUGUGUUCUAAGCCUGAUGAUUGUGUCACUGUGACCGAUGCGGAACAAAAUCACCAUGUCUGUCGGGUGCAGUUUCGACUGGCUUCAUCCCAGCGUCUGCAUCCGAGCGCUGUGUGCAGUUCUUUGGAGUGUAAGCAUACCUUUGAUGCACCUGGCUAUUACCGUGCUGCAGCUUUGUCACCGCCUGUAAUCUGUGGCGAUCGCGUAUUUGUGGUCUAUGGCAUAGAGGACAUAGAUGAAUGUCUAGUGUGCGGCAUAUUCAUACAAGUGAUCAAUUGGAGGAAGGGAUAUGUAAAUAGGCAUUUUUUAUGUCAACCGGAUAUCUACGACGAAGUUUGUUUCUAUCCAGUCGAUGAACAGAAGUUCGUCAUCAUUGGCCCAGAAGGCUCGAUAUACUUGUACACGUUACAAGAGCUCGAUGGGUCGCCUCAGUGCCGAAUCAUAUAUCACCCUCCCACGAUCCCCCAUCUAUCAUUACGCGAAUCGGAAAUCGUUGUUCAUGGCCAUCCAUCACUCCUUGGCAAAGCAGCACGCCCAGGACUCAUGCCGAGCUAUGUGCCCUCCCUGGAGUCGCAAAUUAUAGUUUUAGAGUUUCUUCCCAAAGCGGGGAAAUCUAUCCUAGUCAUCGAUAUGGCCAUCUUCUCUGACAUGGCCCUGCGCUCAGAUAUGCUCGUCGACAUUCCCUGGUCAGAUUGGGGACCUCAGUAUGCGUCCUACUUUCCGCACCACGAAAGCUACCAUAUCAGCGUGUUUGGCAGCAAAAUGGCCUAUGCCCUUCCCCAAGAUCAUAUUCCCGAUCCUGGCCAAAGACUGGAGCUCAGCUCGAGCUAAGGUGGAGCACAGACAGGAGAGUCACGCGAAUUGGUUCUGUGGGAUCAAACGUUUUCACGAUCGCACACUAUGGCAUGAACUCGAGACGAACACUGUGCAUGAGAUUGGGGAGUUAGGUACUGUCCGCGACCGUCCUCAGGACAACAGACCGACAGCAACGAAGCUCACGGA